CGAAAAAAAUAGCAUGUGACUAGUUUAUGGGGGCUGUAGUCGAUCGAAGUCAUCUGCGCAGGUGCGUCAUUUGUGCCCCCCCUUUCGUAAAAAGCUGGUGUCAGUGGCACAACGCAAGUUCGCUGUCAUUGAGCACAGAGCGCUUUGGUGCAAAAGGUUUGACGCCAACAACGAUGGCGUUUCGCUGGCUGCUACUGUUGGCUACCGCAGCGACUGCGGUCGUCUUCAUUCAGAUGGUGUUGUCCGUCAACGAAGAAGCGGGAACGGUCCUCCGGGACAGCUUAAUACGCGACGUCACCACCCAAGCCGCCUGUACCGAGCUCACUAGCAACUUCUACAUAUGGAACUCCUCGUGGUGGUUCUGGCCCGAGUUCAAGAACGGCCGCAUCUUCCGCCUGGGCAAAGAGAUCCAGCAGCGUGGUCACUGCGACCCCUUCUAUUAUGACUACGCAACGUGCAACGUGAAAUACACGGUGCUCAAGCUACGUUACCGUUUUAACGUCGCCGUCAAAGACGCGAAGUUGGAGGAGCACGUCCAGCACAAAUCUCCGCUGUUCAACAUCGAAGCAGGAUACAUGACGGCUAACGUUACAGCAGGACCUAUUGAGAUGACGCUGAAGAAAGAUUGCGAAGGAGAUUACUUUCUACCCGAGAAAAUCGAUGUCGGCGAGAUCACGGUCACGGACGUGGUCUUCGACAACUUCACCGCUACCUGGCAAGAUAAGAUAGUCGACAACAAGGAUGCAGUGUUCCAGUGUAGGCUACGGGAGCUGCUCGCCUACGUGGUCCACAAGUACUUCAAGGACAUGACGUCUGUCAAACCGGUUCCGAAGGUGGCGCGAACUGAGUGGACCAAGUGGACCACGCUUCUACCACGUUCCCUCAUUACCCUUUGAAUUUCUUGUCCGCAGAUCUAUACGGCUUGUACAAAUAAAUUCGUUAC